GAUCUUUAGGAGUUUCUUUGAUUCAUUGUUCUUAGAAAUGAAAAUAGGUGAAGAAGAAAGGCAGAUUUUUCAGGGUAUGAAUUUGAAGAAAGCAGAAUCUGAAUCCGAAGGCGCUCGGAUGAACAAAUGUGAUGUAUUCAUGAAGAAUGGUGACUCAGUGAUCUCCACUGGAUCCUUUCCGGAAGAUUCAGAAAACUCCAUUUCUUCAUUGUCUUCAUCGGACAUGGUUGAGGAUGAAUCCUCUGCAACAUGUUCUUCUUCAUCAUCAUCCUCAAAUGGGCCUCUGUAUGAAUUAUCAGAGCUCAUGAAUCAACUCCCCAUCAAGAGGGGUCUCUCCAAGUUUUAUCAAGGAAAGUCUCAGUCUUUUACGUCGCUGGCGAGUGUGAAGAGCGUAGAAGAUCUUGCAAAGAAAGGAAUUAAUCCUUAUAACUGCAGAAUGAAAAUAAAGUCAACCAAGAGUUUUGGGUGGGGGUUGGAGGGUCAGAAUGGUCUUAGGGCUAAGGGUACCAUAUCAAAGAAGGGCUUCAGUUCCAGAGGUUGUUUCUCGUCCUCUUUAGGUAAGAUAUAAAAGAGUUCGCUGAAUGCAAGGUUGCAAACCUCUUCCAUUUCCAUUAUGAUUUUUUAUUACAGAUUUUGCAGGGUUUAUUGUUCAUCAGGAUAACCCACCUCCCCUCCUCUUAGUUAUUUUGAAGUAAUAGGAUUUGAUUUUUCCAAGAAAGAAAAAUUAUUUGCCCUGUGUCUUGGUCUUAUUGUUAAUGUCACUUUUCCAAAUGGGCAUUUAACAAACUAUUAAUGCCAUC